GACAUAGUAUAAUUUAGUGGGACUGUGAUGUUAUACAUGUUAAUUUUUCAAUACAUUGACGAUCGAAGAUGAGUUCUGUCGAGGAAUUCCACAAAGCAGAAAGUGAUGCCAAGUCUACAGCUGCAAAGCAUGUGGCAAAUAUGCUUCAGAAACCAGGACAGCUGGAAAAAGUUGAUCAGUACAAGAGAAGAAUUGCUAGAAAAAAGGCUUCAGUAGAAGCAAGAUUGAAAACAGCAGUCCAAUCUCAACUAGAUGGCGUCAGAACUGGCCUUACUAAACUUCAGAGUGCUCUAGAAGAAAUUCAAGAAAUAAGACAGAGUCUAAAAGAAGUUGAUGAAAUGUAUACGGCAUGUGAAGAAGUAAAUGCCAAAUUAGAAGAAGUAAAAACAGUUGGUGCUGAACACAGUCAGUUGGCAGCAGCUGUGGAGAAUCUGAAGCAUAUUUUCACAGUACCAGAAAGUGUUGAAAAAACUAGGUUCCUGAUUGAUGAAGAGAAAUAUUUAAAUGCUCAUAAAUGUUUGAUGGACUUAGAGAAUUCACGGGAUGACUUGUUGUUUGAACUACAUAAACAGCCUUCAGAUAAUCCAUCAGAUGACUAUUUACUGAAAAGGUAUUUUGCCGAUGUAGAAUCUUUAUCAAAUGCGCUUGCUAAGCAGCUAUGGCUGGUGUUACAACGAAUGUUGCUGAUAGUUAGAAAAGAUCCAACAAUGCUGGUCACUGCUCUUAGAAUUAUAGAAAGAGAAGAGAGAAAUGAUCAAAGGAUGGCAGAUCGACAGAAAUUGACUGGUUUUUUACCACCUGGUAGACCCAAACAAUGGAAAGCCAAGUGUUUUGAAGUAUUGGAGCAAGUAGCAGAAACAAGAAUUGAAGCCAAUCAAAUUGAAGAUAGAGAAGGUGACAAGAUGUGGUUAGUACGUCAUUUAGAGUUGACCAGAAUGAUCAUAUUAGAUGACUUGAGAGUAAUCAAG